AUGUACAUCACGCUCUACUUCCUAGUCACCCGCCUCCCUGACUCUCUUCGUACGAGGUGUUCCUCCUCCCCCCUUGCCCCCUCCUACGCUUUUGCUGCUGCUGUUGACUUCCUUGGUGCUGAGGAGGUCUGUGCUGCUUCUGCUCCUAGUGGGAAGCGCCGCAGUGGCAAGGGCAGGGGCGGCCGGAGUGGUGGAGGUGGCGGCGGGGGGGGCAGUGGUGGAGGCGACACGGGUGGUGGAGGUGGCGGAGGUAGUGGUGCGAGUGGUGGCGGGAGUGGAGGCGUUAGUGGCGGCGGUAGCGGUAGUAGUGUGAGUGCAAGCGGUGGAGGCGGCGGUAGUGGGAGCGGUGGCGGUGGAGGCGGCAGCGGCGGUGGUGGCGGCAGUGGGAGUGGUGGCGGUGGUAGUGGUGGCGGUCGGGGUGGAGCCUUUCAGAGGGGAGGCUCUGGUGGUGGCCAAAGGCAGCAGCAACGUCCGUGCGAGACCCUUACACCCCAGCAGCUUCGUGAGUGGUAUGCUCAGAGUGGGGCGUCUGGGGGUGCUGUCCGCUGCCCGUAUGUCAUUCGCACAGACUUGCUUAGGCCCGAUGUCGAUAUCUUUGCUCUUGACUAUGAUGCUAUUCUUGCUGCCAUGUAUGCAUUGUCUGUUAGUGCUGAGGGUGACGGUUACCUGUGCGUACCGCCCGACCCAGGUAUAGAGGCUGCUGCUCUAGUUGCUAGUGAGUCUGCUCUCUCUGGUACUGCGCCUGAUGAGGCCUUGCAAACUUUCACGCAUGACUCAGAUGCUUCUUGCUACUUCUUUCGCCAUAGUACCAUAGUCACGCCACUCCCUGCACCUGUUGUAGUCUCUUUGGCUGACCCCUCAGGGGGCCCAGUUCGUGCUCGUUCCACCACUAUACUCCCGUGUCCGGUGGUUCCGUCUGGCUCGCUGUCAGCUCUUCACCUCCCCUUGUUCCUGACGAGCUUGGUGAGCAACGCCGUCCUCCAGGAUGCAUGGGUAGCGUAUGGUACCUUCACACCUGGAGGGCAGCGUGUGGAAAUCUGUACGUGCUUCCGGACUGGCCGUCACCUGGCCACGUUCACCCGUCGGCGUGGGUCGAGUCGGUACACACUGAUUUCUCAGGUAAUUGCGUCCGGUCAGGUGUACGCGUCGCGUUAG